GUGCACCCGGCAGGUUCCGCGCUGCGAGAGCGCGCGGAAGCACGCGCAGCGAGACCGAGUCGGGGUCGGAGCAGGAGCAGGAGCAGGAGCUGGAGCUGCAGCUGGAGCGGUAGUGAGAGUGCAGUGCAUCGCUGCGCCCCAGGAACCCGCGGCGGCGGCAGAGCGGAGCCGGGUGCGGGAUGGCCCAGGGACCCGCGCGCUCUUCUGCUCCGCCUAGAGCCCUGCCCGUGGCCCGGGAUGCCAAGAUCUCUGGACCACAAGCUUGCACUGUUUUGAGAGGGAGAUGACUUGAGUGGCCAGCUCUUAUCUUCACAACAAUGUCCACGAACAAUUCCAAACAGCCAGUGUCUCCUGCAGCUGGGCUCCAUUCAAAUACAUCUUGCCAAAUGGAAGAAGAGCUUUCAAUAUCUUUUUCGAUAACCUUCAUGACAGUGGGAAUCUUAUCAAACAGCCUUGCCAUUGCUAUUCUCAUGAAGGCAUACCAGAGAUUUAGACAGAAGUACAAGUCAUCGUUUUUGCUUUUGGCUAGUGCUCUGGUAAUCACAGAUUUCUUUGGGCACCUCAUCAAUGGAGCUAUAGCAGUCUUUGUAUACGCUUCUGAUAAAGACUGGAUCCACUUUGACAAAUCAAACGUGCUUUGCAGUAUUUUUGGUAUCUGCAUGGUGUUCUCUGGUCUGUGCCCACUUUUUCUAGGCAGUGUGAUGGCCAUUGAGCGAUGUAUUGGAGUCACCCAACCAAUAUUUCACUCUACAAAAAUUACAUCCAAGCAUGUUAAAGUGAUGUUGAGUGGAGUGUGCUUUUUCGCUGUUUUCAUAGCUUUGCUGCCCAUCCUUGGGCAUCGUGACUAUAAGAUUCAAGCGUCGAAGACCUGGUGUUUCUACGAAACAGAUCACAUCAAAGACUGGGAAGAUAGGUUUUAUCUUUUACUUUUUUCUUUUCUGGGGCUCCUAGCCCUUGGUAUUUCAUUUUUUUGCAAUGCCAUCACAGGAAUUUCACUUUUAAGAGUUAAAUUUAAAAGUCAACAGCACAGACAAGGCAGGUCUCAUCAUUUUGAAAUGGUCAUCCAGCUCCUGGGUAUAAUGUGUGUCUCCUGCAUUUGCUGGAGUCCGUUUCUGGUGACAAUGGCCAGCAUUGGAAUGAAUGGACAAGAUUUUAGGAAUGCCUGUGAAAGAUCCCUUUUUAGUCUUCGAAUGGCAACAUGGAAUCAAAUCUUAGAUCCCUGGGUGUAUAUUCUUCUACGGAAGGCUGUCCUUAAGAAUCUCUACACGUUUACCAGACGCUGUUGUGGAGUGCAUAUCAUCAGCUUACAUGUUUGGGAGCUUAGCUCCAUAAAAAAUUCCUUAAAGGUUGCUGCUAUUUCUGAGUCACCAGUUACAGAGAAAGUAACCCAGCAAACAAGCACCUAGUUCAGUAGGACAGUAAAUCGAUAUAGGUCUAGGACCAAAUUAAGAAAAGUUUUGGCAAUAUUUCAGUUAAUUAUAUAAAUAUAGCAAGCCUAACUGGAAAAAUCAGCCCUCAGCUGGAUAGUUUGGGGGGCACUUUUGUCAGAUUUGGCUUUUGAAAUUUGCUAAAUUAACUGUAUAUUUGCACAUUUUCACGUUUUUGUCAACUAGAGGUAAACGUGAUGAAAUAAUGCCAUAGGAGUCAAAUUGAAAACAAUUUUGGGCUUAUCUGUAUUAUUGAUGCUUUUGAACAAGCGACUCUCUUGAAGCCUGUAGCAUUUACUUGGCCUACGACCUGUGCAGUGCAAUGGCUGUUUGGGGGCAUCACUGCUCUAUAGCAGUUCCGUAUAGACUAGGCGCAGUGGAUUGGAGCGCCCUCUUUUGAUCUGGUCUGUUUUACCCUGCAUUGUGUAGCCUCAAUUAAUACAUGUGUUGUCAUGUCACAGGGAACUCAUUGUGGCUUAUUAUAAUGACUUCCAUGUAUGUGAGGUGUGGCUGUCAGGUUGCCUGAUGUGCGAGCCUGUUUAGAAUGAGCCUAUCCUUGUCAUAUCUGACAGAUAUGACUGCUUGCAUUUAUUAUUAUGAAGGUCAGUUGUUUGAAGAUGUCAUGGAUUUGCACAGUUUUCAAGUAAUCACCAUUUCCUCUGAACAUUUUAGUGUAGAGUCAAUAAUUUUUAGAGAAACAAAGGCUCUGUGAGCACGUGUAUAGGUGACUUGCAUUAUAGCAGUUCCUAAGAAGCUCUGCCAUGGAUAAUGCAAACAAGCAGAACUUAAACACCAAGUGAUGGGUGCGAAGGACAUUGGCAAAGGCGCUUUACCUGGAGCGUCAUUGACACGGUGUCAUUUCUGUGUCAGGGAACGAAAGAAGCACAACCUCUA